AUGGAGGUUGAGUUGAUAGCCCGUAUCCCUCUUAGCUUACGUGAUUCAGAGGACAGAUUGAUUUGGCACUAUGACAAAAAGGGGUGCUAUACUGUUCGAAAUGGGUAUCAUGUAGCUAGAGUCGCAACUAAUCAUGUUUCUAGGGCUUCUAGCUCUUCUGGUUCAGUGGGUGUUCAGGGAAAGUACUGGAGGUGUAUUUGGAAUGCACGUAUUCCACCUAAGGGUAUUCAUUUAUUUAGAGAUUGUGACGUGAUUGGGUGGCUAUGGAUGGAGAGCACUUUGGGUUUAAAAGUGAAGAACGUGCCUGGACGUAGAGUGGAGGAGUGGGUUCUUAAUGUGAUUGAUAUUUUGCAUGGUGGUCAACGUGAUUUGUUCUUCAUGGUCUUAUGGGUCAUAUGGACUGAACGCAACAAUGCAAUUUGGAAUGGCACGAGCUUUAAUGCUUGUAAUGCGGCAAAAUGGACUGUGACUCUCCUGGAUGAUUACCAGAAACAACAUCCUGCCGGUUUUUCUAAACACGCUAGACCUAAAGCUAAAUGGCAACUUCCCCCUACUGGGCGUCUGAAGAUUAAUGUUGAUGGAAGCUAUAGACCAGAGUGUGGUGAUGGUGGCAUUGGGGUGGUCGUUCGAGAUGAGGUUGGUAAUUGCAUUGCAGCAAUGGCACGUUAUUACCCUCAUGUUCUUUCUGCUAUUCACAUGGAAGCGGAGGCUUGUAGGGCUGGAAUUCUUUUGGCUAUUCACCAAUAUUGGAAUGCCUUUGACCUUGAAAGUGAUUGCUCACUUGUGGUGGCUGCAUUGCAACUGAAUGUGGAAGAUCGAUCUGAGAUUAGACAUAUCUUCCGUGAAGCAAAUGGUGUAGCAAAUAGAUUAGCUCACCUUGCUAGUUUGAACUAUCUAGAUGAUAUUUGGUUAGAGGAGUCUCCUAUGAUUAUCCAGGAUGUACUCUAUGAGGAUUCUUGUACUACUGCUAGAGGUCAAGCAAUUAAUGUUGCUUUGGUCCGUCGCUGGACUCACAUUUGGUUGGAAACGGACUCAAUACUAGCACUACGAUACUUCAAGAACCCUGGUUUAAUACCAUGGAGAUUGCGUACCUCAUGGUUGAAUUGUUUACACAAGGUUAGUCAGAUCACUUUCAGAAUGACACAAUUCUUUAGAGAAGGGAAUGCUUUAGCUGACAAAUUUGCCCGUUAUGGAGCCUCAAAUGUUGGUGCAGUCUGGUGGAGAACCUUACCCUCUUCCUUUCUAGCAGAGUUUGGUAGAGACUUGUCUUCAAGAAUUAAUUAUCGCUUUUCUUAG